ACCGUGCGGCGGCCAGGACGGCCCUAGCGGCGGAGUGACGCAACACACUCACCCAGGAGCACACGGCCCUCGAGAUGCUGUCCUACAUCGGCAGGUCCGGCCAGCUGGCCCCCGCCGUCAAGGCCUCUGCCCAGGCUGUGGCCAACGGCUCCAAGAACGUCCUGCCGGGCGUGGUGGAGGGCGCGGCGGCCCCCCUGGUGCAGCCGCCCACCCUUGCCCUCUCCGCCGCCGCCAUGGCCGGCCGCUGCGCCGCGGGGCCGCUCAGGGCCAGGGUCGGUGUCGCAGUGACCUCACAGGUGCGAUAUGCACAUACGGACAUCCAGGUGCCAGACUUCAGUGACUACCGGCGGGAAGACGUGAAAGAUGCACGAGCCAAGUCCACAGAGUCUGCCUCCUCCCGGAGGUCAUUCACCUACAUGCUGGUGGGAGGUGGGACAGUGGCUGGCCUGUACACUGCCAAGACUGUGGUGACUCAGUUUGUGUCAUCCAUGUCGGCCAGUGCUGAUGUCCUUGCCCUCGCCAAGAUUGAGAUCAAGCUGGGUGAGAUUCCCGAAGGAAAGUCAGUCACCUUCAAGUGGAGAGGAAAACCACUCUUCAUUAAGCACAGGACUGACGCAGAAAUUGAGACCGAGAACGGUGUAGAUCUCAGUACCUUGAGGGACCCAGAGGCAGACGCUGAUCGUGUCCAGGAGCCAAAGUGGCUGGUGGUGAUUGGGGUGUGUACUCACUUGGGCUGUGUGCCUAUUGCUGAUGCAGGUGACUACGGAGGCUACUACUGCCCCUGCCAUGGCUCUCACUACGACUCCUCAGGACGUAUCCGCAAGGGUCCGGCACCACUCAACCUAGAGGUGCCUCCCUACACGUUCCCUGAGGAGGGUCUCUUGUCAGUGGGUUAAAGCAUGAAGAAAUAGUACUAUAUGUCUUAAGUUAUGUGCUAAAAAGUUCUUUAAAUGUCUAGAAAUGAAAAGUGUAUGACUUGACAGUUACUUCAAAUCUGGUUGAUCAUCACGAGUGCAAGUUUCAUUCCCUGAGAAAUCAUGUACAGAACAAUAAUGAUAACACAUUUCAUUGUUUUGGUCUUGUAGAUAAUGUAUAAAACAGAAGGCUCCCUUCUUGGGUAUUUAUGUGUGAACCAAUGACAUGUAAAAUAAAUUUGAAUUAUUUUAA